AUAAACGGGGACCAACACCACGGGAAUCGAUCGAUCGAUCACAACACGCUUCUUCUCACACUCGACUUGUGUACGUGGCAGUGCAUCAAACCAUCCCACGAUCAUUAACAUCAAAAAUCCGGCGAAACCAUACACGAAAUCAUGUCAAUGCCGUGCGAGCAAAAAUCGGCGAGGAAAAGUCCCGAGAUGGAGGAGGAGCGAGGGGAGACCAAGUGUCGAAAAUUGUGGAAAACCUUGGACCCUAUGGUCGUCGAUCGAAGCGAUAACCUGUACACGGCUGUCCGCCAGAGCUUGCACAAGGUCUCGAGAAACACUUUUUCAAACAAGAGCAACACGGAAACGAAGAACAGGAGUGGAGUGUCGCAGGAGUCGAGCAUUGGACGAUUCUCCACUAUCAAAGCGUUCUUCGAUAAGAACGACUGCCAGGAGGAGAAAGGGGCGAGGUUCAGGUGCAAGAUCACCGUGAUGGGCAGAUUGAUGAGGAAGCUGGAAUUGAGGAAACGGGAACAGUUCCCUGACCAAGUCGCUUCGAUGGAUUCCACGAAAAGCGAUCUCGAUAUCAAUAGCAACUUGGUAUCGAACUAGAAGGAAGCUGGAAGAGGAUUAAAGAUUAAAGAUAGAAAGACGUUACGUAAAUUUUGCACGAUCUGGGAAGAGGAGGACCAUCGAAGAGGAAACAAACUGCUCAAGAAUUUAACUCACAGACACGAGACGCGAGCAAAAUUGUAUUCUAAUUCCAUUUUUUUCUUCUUUUUUUUCUUUCUUUUUUCUGUUUUCCCGCAAUCAUGCUAGAGAGACGAGAUUUAACGAGAUGUAAACACUGUAAAAUCGUGAUAAACAAGAAAUCCUUUUCUCUUUGGUAGCGCGGGAAAAAAUAAUCGGUGGAGAGGUGUAAAAUAAUGUAUCGUUGCUCAAGCACUAGUCAAAAAUUAUAUUCCGUCUCUUUCUUAAAGUUAAAAUAUUCUCAUCUACCAUUUUCGAGCUUCGUUUGAGAGAUAUGAAGUUUUAUCAUUUUCUUUUUCCUUUUCCCUUCUCCAACGUUUCUCGAUCUUUAGAAGAUUUUAAUUUUACUUAGGAGGCUAGGGAUGCGUGGAACUUCAAAUUAUUUCGAUAUACUUGGAAAAAUGAUGGUAGAUGGGAUAUUUUAAUGAAAGAGGGGGUGGACAGUAUUUAUACGCGUCACGCAUCUGAUUUGAUUUAUCAGAUUCUUGGUGUUUCUGUUAAGUUAAAGUGUCGUAUCUAGAAUUCGAAUGGAAUUCCUCGUUCGAGAGAUCUGAAGUUUUAUCUUUUUCUUUUUCUUUUUUUAUAGAUUGGAAUGUUUUUCGAAUCUUUGGAAAAUCUUUUUAAUUUUUACUUGGAAAGAUGUACGAACUUCAGAUUUAUUUCGAUAAAAUAAAAUUGAAAAGUAGAAAGAUGAUAGAUAAGACAGUUUAAUCAGAAAGAGGAAUAUUUAUAAGCGCGCGUGAUUUAGUCAGGCAAAUUUAACAUUCCGUUUUUCAUAGUAAAAAUAUCGUAUCUAGAAGUGUGAAAUUUGAAAUUUCGUCUUCUUUUAGAAUGAAUUAAGAUUAUUUCUUAAAAGAUCUGUUUGUACAAGCUUUUCUAAUUUUCUUCGAGAGGGAAGACGAAGGAUGGAACUUCGAAUGUUGCAAGAUACACAUUGAAAUUAAAAUGAAUAAAAUAUUGGGUAGGAUAUUUUUAACUAUGGAAUUUGUUGAAAAUUGUUCUUCGAUUCCGACUAAUAAUGAAAUUGUCACGAUGAAGUUAACGAUGCACAAACGAGAAGUAUAUGUUAAGUAGAUUUUUCUCAGAAAGAUUCUUUGCCAAUUGCGUGAGAUGUUGGUGCGAUGAAAAAUGAUGAUUUGUUUGACAAUGGAUUAUGAUAAUUUUUUUUUUUUUUUUAAUAAACUAUUUACGACGUUUCUACACGAA